AUGGAGAAGAAAAAAACUGAAGGGAACGCAUGGGGAUACCUGGUUGGAUUGGGUACAGUGAUAACCUUUAUUGCAGGUAUCGGACAUGUAAACUCUUUUGGAUUAAUCUACCAUGAUUUCAUGAAUGAUACCAAUUCUACUGCAAAAUCCUUAACUUCUGCGUAUGGCGUAUUCUCUAUUAUGUUAGCAAUUGGAGGUAUAAUUCUCAACAAUAUAAACAAAAAAAGACCAUUAAGAACGGGGGGCCUCAUUGGAGCUACGUUGUUAACCAUAGGAUCGUUCUUAACUAUAUUUAUUACAAAUACAAAUCAACUUCUAUUCACUUUUGGAAUUCUUCAAGGAAUUGGAUUCGGAUUAGUCGUGCCUGUGUGUUACUCAACUUUAAAUUACUAUUUUGUAAAGAAGAGAACCACAGUGAUGAGCCUCUGUAAGGCAGCGCAAGGAAUACUUUUAAUGUGGUAUCCACAGCUCAUAAAGAACAUGAUAUCUACUUACGGAUUCAGAGGAACAUUGUUGGUUGUGGCAGGCAUUUCUUUACAUGUAUACCCAGGAAUGCUGACUAUGCAAACUGAAGAUGUAAAACCAAGAAAAAUAGCAAGGGAUAACAUAGAAAAUGGAAUAACUAGCAACGAAGUUGAGGAUCUUUUAUGUAUCAACAAUAAUAAUGAGGUGGUCGUUAAUGCGAAUAAGACGCUUUGUCAGAAAAUAAGUGAUAACCUGAUGGAUGUUCUGAACGUGAAGAUUCUAAGGGAUAUUAUUUUCUGUAAUAUUUGCAUUGGUCAAAGUUUUGUGAAUUUCUCAGAUUUAACAUUCUUCAUGCUACAGCCGAUGUUAUUAUUUCAAUAUGGAUAUAAAAAGACUGAUAUAGCUGUGUGUAUCUCUAUUGGCGCAGCUGCGGAUCUCAUUGGUCGUUGUAUUUUAGCCCUAAUAAGCAGUAUGGCAAAUGUAAAUACGAGAUGCUUGUUUUACAUCGCAACCUUGUUUACAUUCUUUAUCAGAAUAGUGAUGCUACAAAUCACGGAGUACACAUGGAUGGCGACAGUGACGGGUAUUUUGGGGGUACUCCGAGCCUGGCUUCAUGUGACCAGUCCUUUACUAAUCUCAAAUCAUGUCGAACACAAAGACUUCCCCGGUGCAUACGCCCUCUCUAUGCUUGCCACUGGUACCGUCAAUGUUGCAUUUUCUCCACUAAUUGGACUAUUAAAAGAUGUCUAUCACGAUUACGUUCCUGCCUUCUACGCAUUAACAGUUUGCUGCGUACCCUGUCUUGUGCUGUGGCCUAUAGAAUACAUAGUGAAGAAGUAA